AUGAACGCCUUGGCAGUUAAAUUCCCUCCUCGCGCCGUGGCGCAGCGGACAGCACAGACGGCAGCACGGCGGUUCCUGGCGACAGAGGUCGACAAGGAGGGCAAGGCGGCGCGCCGCGUGCGCAAGGACUUUUCUGAGAAGAUGAAGAACGGGCCGGGGUUCGCUGACUUUGUGGGCGGGAUGAAGGAGCCACUGACGACGUCGGAGGUGAUGGCGAAGGCAGGGAUGAAGGUGAAGACGCGGCUGCCGUCGUGGCUGAAGACGGAGAUUCCAGCGGGCAACAACCUGCACACGGUGUGCGAGGAGGCGCGGUGCCCGAACAUGGGCGAGUGCUGGGGUGGGGGCAAGCACGGGACGGCGACGGCGACGAUCAUGAUUAUGGGCGACACGUGCACGCGCGGGUGCCGGUUCUGCUCGGUGAAGACGGCCAAGAACCCGGCGGCGCUGGAUGCCGACGAGCCGAAGAACGUGGCCACGGCGCUGGCCAAGUGGGGCCUGGACUACGUGGUGCUGACGUCGGUGGACCGCGAUGAUCUGGCGGACUUUGGCGCCAACCAUUUUGCCAGCACAGUGGAGCAUAUCCGGCAGAUGGCACCGCAGAUGAUGAUCGAGUGCCUGACGCCGGACUUUCUGUCGGGGCUGGACGUCUAUGCGCAUAAUAUCGAGACCGUGGAGGCGCUGCAGCGGCAGGUGCGCGACCACCGGGCGGGCUACAAGCAGUCGAUGUUUGUGCUUGAGCACGCAAAGAAGACCAAGCCGACGCUACUGACCAAGUCGUCGAUCAUGCUGGGCGUGGGCGAGACCGACGCCGAGGUGCUGCAGACCAUGCGGGACCUGCGGUCUGCAGGCGUCGACAUUGUGACACUGGGCCAGUACAUGCGGCCGACGAAAAGACACAUGAAGGUGCACGAGUACGUGACGCCCGACAAGUUCAAGCACUGGGAGGACGUUGGCCGCGAGCUGGGCUUUGUCUAUGCUGCCAGCGGCCCGCUGGUGCGCUCGUCGUACAAGGCUGGCGAGUUCUUCAUCUCCGAGAUCCUGCGCAAGCGCAGCGCUGAGCGCAAGGCGCCGGUGGUAUAG